GCGUGCGUGCCAGUGUACUAUGUGUACGUUGUGUAUGUAUUUUUAAAAUGUAUCUUUUCUCACUUAUUUCAUCUUUACUUUCAAUUGUCAUUACGGCAUGAUAUUAAUUGGGCUUACCAACAUCGACGAUACAAUAAUAACCCAAAAAUUUCAGAGGCAAGGAAAAGAUGGCAGAAAAAAUUGCUCUGAGGUAAUCAAUCGGUGUCAAAAGAGAAAACUGUAACAGUAAGAACGUAAACCUUGCCCGUAUAGAUUAUCAUUGCUUAAUGUUUUUGAGACGGCCCCCAACGCAGGCACUUCAAACUGUGACGUCAUCCACUGCGCUGUCCCCGAUGUGCUCUCUACGCAUGGUUGCAUGAUGGGUCGUCUCAAAACACUUAUAUAAUUCUCCAUCUUCAUGAAUGCACGAGGCAGAUUGUGCAAAUGCUAGGGAAAGAUGGAGUAAAAUUUGGCUUGCGGUUUUCUUGCAAACCUUCUGAAAGCUUUAUUUUUGCUUUUGUAAACAAUGAGAUAUGGCACAAAUGUAAUAUUAAUUUUGACCACUCAGACUACUUUGAAAUGCCCCCUAAUCUAUUUUUAGACAUUUGGAAAAUUCAGGCGCCCCGCAGCUCAUGUGACUGCGUGGGCCUGCUUAACAAUGAGUCAUGCGACAGAUUGCAUAACUCUUGCGUCAGCCGCAACGCAGGCGGGUGGAAUAUAAAAGGUUCAUGAGCCGCUACGCAGGCAGAUCAACACUCACCGCUACUACAAGAGCGAUCAAGAAGAAACUGCUGACUACGACCAAAACCUCUUUGACAAAGACAGAAAUUAUCUGGGCUGAGACCUGCGGAGCUGACAAGUUUUUCAAUCAGUGUGACAGCAAAGAAAAGAUUGCUUCCAAAAUCAAAGCCAUUGAAUCAUCACAAACCAUCCAAUCAAAUCGCUGACUGAGCAGACGACAAUGGAAGUGACGGUCAAAGCGUUUCUGCAAAGAGCUGACGACAACAGGGAGGUGAGGAGACUGAGCUUGCUCCUGGGGCCAGGUGGUGCCAUGUUCAAAUCUUUGUCUGGCAAAGUGGCUUCAGCGUUCCCAGGUCUGAGCGGGAAGAAGUUUGUGAUCACGUGGGAAGACCCGGACGGUGACUUUGUCCAGAUGUCCACUGAUGAGGAGUUACAAGAAGCUCUGACACAUAGCUCCACAGGACGGCUCAAAGUCUACAUCAAUGUAGUUGAUGGUCAAUCCGGCAAUGUGGAGCAGAUGAUGGAGGAAGAGGCGGGGCUUAGCACAGAUCCGGAGUCAGAGGUCACUCGUGUACGAUACAACAGAGACGACCCCAUUGCUGUCAAUCACGAGGGCUUGCCCCUCCCACAAGCCCCACCCACUUCUCUGUGCGGAAUGUUUGGACAACAAGGCGGUCUUGGAUGUAGGAGGCGAAGAGGUCAGAACCACGGACCCUGGAAGAGAAGGCACCAGUCACCGGCUGGGCCAUGUGGCCCAUGUGAUGGCCAGAGACAGAUGGCUCAGGGGCCACUUGCUGGCAAGCGAGAGAAGAGAUGCGAAAAGCGAGACUGGAAGAAAGCGCUGAGGGAAUCUGUCCCCGUGAGCCAGCGUCGUUGGGCCAAGAUCUACGUCCACAACUGGAGAAAAGAAAACCUCGAGAACGUCAGCACGACGACAUUCAGCGACAGCGGGCAAGAGAAGAAGGGGAAGACCAUGACGAGGGAGGAGGCCGGAGUGCCGGAGGCUUACGAGGUCUGGCUGGUCAAGGUGUUGACCAAGUUCCACAAGAGAUGGGAGACAGCGGAAGUCUGUGCUGCGGGGCAUGAUGGGAGUGAUUCUGAUGAAGGUGGCGCUGUCAGCAAUAUGGCGACUCUCAGGAAAUCUGUGCCUGUGGAAUUCCGCCGGUGGAUGAGAUGGUACCUGGCCAGACGUUAUGACAAGCGAGCAGCCCCAGAGUUAAGAUGUGCCAGCCCUGGACGCAAAGGUCAUAGAAUGGGAAAAGGUCAAGGAGCUUGUGAAGGUCACCUCAGAGGUGAAGGUCAUCCAAGUGGCAAAUUAAGUCAACAAGGCUGCAAAGGUCGCCCAAAGUGUGAACGUCCAACAAUGGACGAAAGUCGCCCAGGCUGCAAAAAUCGCCCACAAGGAUGUAGAAAAGACAAAGCUCCAAACCUGGGAGAGGAUGGCCGAGGGAAAUGUUGGAGAAAAUCACAGGCCAGUGGAUUCAGGCCUGGUCACUUAUCAAGCCAGGUGCCCAGACAGAUUCGAUCCUGGACCAAAUGGUUCAUCCUGACCUGGAGACUGGACCACCAGAUCCCCACCUCUGUACCCGCCCACCUCUCAGACACAGGGAAGGUCAAGGCCGACAAUGCCAAGGACGCUGGAGUGCCUGAGGACUACGUCACGUGGUUGUUGAGGUUUCUGCCCAGAUGGCACGUGAGGACGGGUCAGGUGGACCAGAGCAAAGUGGACGUUCCAGAAGUGAGGAUGGGACAAUUGAAGGAGCUGGUCCCCCGCGAGUUCCGAGACUGGGUCAAGCGUUACCUGUACAGACACUACAGUCACCACCCGGCACGAAGGGGAGGGGAGAGGGGGGAGGAAGAGGAGGAGGAACGAUACCGACGCUGGCUACAGGUGUUCAAGAAGAAAUGGCAGCUGCAACAGGUCACUUCCGGUGACCUUGACCCUCUCUGUCCUAGCAGCAGCAGCGAGGAGGAGGGGGAGGAGCCAGGAGCAGCCAUUGUGACCUCUGACCCCGACACAGACGUAGAGGUCAUGGAGACCUCGAUGAAACAUCUCAGGCUGGGGCGGGAAAUCCCACAGAGAGAUGGUCAGUUUGCUGUGACCGCCGGACGUGUCAAUCUUCCGGACAGUGACAAUGACGAUAACGGAAGGGACGCGUUUAAAGGGAAAAUGCCUCGUUCUCCUGCGUUCCGGCGUUUCGCCAGAGAGCUGCUCUACGACUGGGACGGGAGAUCACCCACUGACGACACCGAUAACGAUAUGGAGUUACCUCCCCGUGUUUACAGAUGGCUAGGUCGUGUGAUGAAGAGGGUGGAGAAAAAAAGGACGAGGCGAGAGAGGAAGGCAGCCAAGCAAGAGAUGGAAGCUGUGAGACAGGGAUAAUAACACAGGCCAAGUCUGAAAAUACAUGAAAGCAACACAUGAAUGUUUAAUAUAAGAAAUGAUGUAAUUCCACUUCUCUGUUGAAGCAAUUUUGUUUGAAUAGAAAAAUAAGCCUCAUUUGAUGUAUACUCGUGAAGGUCUGGUCAAAGCAAUUAAGAUGUCAUUUUUAGAUAACAUGUGAUAAUGUAUGCGUCAUUUGACUGUUAUUGGUACUACAUAGUAUGUCCAACCACAGGUUGAGUAACAAACGUUUUUGAUACUGUCAAGCAUGUUAGCGAAAAAAACAACUUUAGAUUGGGCAACAAUUGUAACGUGUCUUGAGCUUUGCAAGGCGCCCACAAAAUAACUUUAAAAAAACAACGCUGCACAGUGGGGACCAUCGUUAGAUCAUUUGUGGUUUAUUGGAAUUAGAAUGCUUAAGGUUUAAUAAUAGUUAUGAGAAUCUUAUUACGUUUUAUGCCUCAAUAUUACUUUAAACUACAAAACAUGUUGAGACAACUCAGAGGAAGAUAAUUGUAUAAGGAAAGCUUCGACACUGCCUUUCAUUAUGUAAAUUUUUCUCUCAUCAAAUGAAGAUCUUAGCAUCUACAGCUUGUCCUUGCGGUUUUAAUCUAGUUAAAGUACACAUUUCUUUCUUAAGCCAUUACUUCUGACAUGUGAGAUAUUUUGACAUACGUUCUACUUACUGUGUCAGAUAAUUGAUGUAUUGUUAUCGCCCACACUGUUCACGCGUAUUACAGCAGUCUCCCAUCAUGAUGACAACCAUAAAUAAUAUUACAUUCAGCGUGCAAUGUUAUUCUAGGCUAUAUGUCAGUUACUUAGCGAGAUAUUUACUAAUUGUGAAAAUUUUACUUUGUAUAGUUUUCUAAUUUUUGUUCUGUACAUUAUGAUGCAUUGUGGGCCUUUUUCCGUGUUUCUGUUCCUUUUGUUGAUGCAUUAUUUUCAAAUGUGUGUUGAGCAUUUGUAAUCAAUAAAAGAAAUAAACACGUCAUAAAAAUCUUUAA